AUGAGUAUAAUGUCUGUUGAACUACCAACUACUGCAAAAUGUGUCAUUAAUACAACUAAAGGAAAACUAGAAAUUGAAUUAUGGGCGAAAGAAUGUCCAGUUACAACUAGGUCAUUUCUUCAGGCUGGAAUAGAUGGUUUAUUGAAUGAAAAAUCGCUAAUAAAACUGUCAGGUAAGACCGUUGAGCUUGAUUAUGGGGAAUUGAAUUGUGAAGAAGAAUUUCAUCAUAAAUUGCGAUUUACGAGACGUGGAUUGGUGGGCAUUAUACCAGAAGACAGUAUGAUAUUCUUCACGCUGGAUGAGAAGCCGGAACUUAAUGAUAAGGCUGUUUUAUUUGGGACUUUAGUUGGUGAAUCCAUUUACAAUUUGGUAGGAAUUUCAGAAGGUGAAUUAGAAGAGGAUAGCAAGACAUUCAUGUAUCCUGCUAAGAUUCAGAGUGUUGAAAUAACAAUACCUUAUUUUAAAGAUUUAAGGCGAAGUAAAAGACGUGCUGAAAAUCCAACCACAUUACAGCCAAUUAAAAAGGAUAGGAAAACUGCUGUAAUCCACUUUUUAGACGAUGAGAUGGAUGAUGAGGAAGUUCCAAUCAAUUUUAAGAUGAAGGCCGCUCACGAUGUGUUACAAGAUGACAAGCUCGUUGAUGGAGUGAGAGAGAUAUCGGAAACCCCUGCAAAACUAAGUUCAGGUAUGGAAACCGAAAGUAACAAAGCAGAAAAUAAAACUGACCAACUGCCGCCCCCUGAUAAUAUAGAUGAACCUGUCACAGAUCGCGAGCGUGACACGUUGGCUUUCCUAGGUAGCUUUCUUUCUAAUCGUAAGGCCAAAAGCCCUGUAUUCAAUUAA